AUGGCGGUUUGGAUGUACUUCUUGUUAACGUAUUUUUUGAACGUUCAAACGUCUUUGGCGCAAACGGACGCGCCGGCGGUGUUCACACCGGUGUACGACCACUAUAGAGCUUUGGAUUAUCAGGGGAACUUUGUGCUUGGCUGGUCUACGAAUGCCACCGACAUUGACAUCGAGAUCACGGCUAGAACCACUGGGUACGUCGGUCUGGGCCUCUCCCCUACAGGAACCAUGACUCCCGCGGACAUGGUGAUUGGUUGGAUAGCGGAUGGACAAAUGUAUCUAGGGGACUACUACACGCGGGAAGGGGAUCGCACCCCGUAUAUAGACGUGUCCCAGGACUGGAUCGUGCAGGCCGGAAACGAGGUCAACGGCACCACCGUUCUCAGGUUUUCCCGAAAGUUGCGGACGUGCGAUGUUAACGACGUCAACAUAACGGCCUCGAGAAUGUCCGUGAUCUGGAGUUACCAUGAGUCUGAUCCCAACGUCACUUCCGGUCUUAUGCCUUACCACGGACCGGAAACACGUGGUAGUCGGGACAUGUACCUGAUAAACGAUGACGUCGUCCCGAAAUCGUACCCACCCCCUAACACGUUCAUGAUCGACAUAGCCCACUCUGAGUACGUGAUCCCGGCGGUGGGCUCCUCAUUGCAGUGCCGUGUGUUCCAGAGAGGAAUCAUCCCAGCAGGCAACAUGAUCAAGUACGAACCGUUCAUCACCCCCGGUAACGAGGCCUACGUGUACCGUAUGACGUUAUACCGUUGCUCCAACAUCAGCGUCGAACUCGCGGGGCAGGCGUUCGACUGUGAUGAGGCUCCGAAUGACGUCAAAUCGUGCAAGACCAUCGUGGCGUCAUGGUCCAUGGGGGCGGAGGCGUUCCACUUUCCCGAGGGUGUGGGAAUGUCCGUGGGAGGCCCCAGUGACCCUAACGACUAUGUCCUUGAAAUCCAGUACUCCAAGUGGCAGGAUACCGUUGGGCCAGACGGCACGGCAGUCACCAUCCCGGACAGUUCCGGUCUGCGCGUUACGUACACGACUUCCGCCGUGCAGCAGCAGGCUGGCGUUUUGGAACUGGGCAAGGUGAUCAGCGCUGGCUGGCGGGAGUUCAUACCGGAUGGGGAGGCCGCGUUUACCACUAACGCAUUUUGCUCCCCGAGAUGCAUGAACUGGGGAUUCUCUCCCGAAAAAAGCGCAAUCAACAUAUUUGGAGUUAUCCUGAAAGGUAACGACGUCGCCAGAGACAUAAAAUUACGUCAUUUCCGGGGGAGCAAUGAACUUCCUUGGAUCGCCGUAGACACAACAUUUUCCAAUUUCUUCCAGGCUCCACGUUUGCUGAAAAACUCUGUGUCCGUUGAAGCAACGGACACGCUUUCUGUUCAGUGCACAUACAACACCAUGGAUCGUCAGGGUAUCACUCGGGGUGGAUUCUCGCGUGUGGAGGAGGUAUGUCGUGCCACCGUCAUGUAUUACCCCGCCAAGCAGUUCGACAUGUGUCUGAGCUGGUCCAGCUUCGAUCAAUUGAAGACCAAGACCGGACAACUGGUGAACGAGAACGAGGCUGUUCAAUACCUGCAGAACGUGACCACGUGGGACCCCGACAUGAAACGCUUGUUCAAGGACGCUCUGAGAGACUCCAGCGAGCGCACCAUCUGUUCUUCCAUUGCUAGGCAACCUGCUUACGCGGUGGACAGGUACCAACAUCCUGCGACAACUUCCACCUACUCAGAGACACUGCCGUGUUAUUAAAACGAACAACACAAUGAAAAGCCACGACAUUAUAGAUGUUAAACGUAGUUGUAUAAAUGGGACUAUUUAUUACGAUUUGAAUGCUCAUUAUGAAAGAGCAGAGGAGAUGAACUAUGUCAUCGCAUGGAAGUGAGAAAUGGGCAUUCCAUAUUUACGAACUUUUGUCGCAACUUAAGUCGAAAAUAAGUAUACUUUUUCAAUUUAAAUGUAAACAAUAAUAGUAUGUCUUUAAAAGUGUAUUAAUUAUAGUUUGCAAUGUUAUAUUUCUUGUGUUGUUUAAACUUAAGUAGUCGAUAAUUUCAGGUUUGGUCAACGUUUCACAGGCAAUUCAGUAGUCAGAACAUUCGAGCAACACUUUGAGACAUUAAUUAAACGGUCACCUUACAACACAUUCAGCUGCCUACUAUAAGAUUCAGCAUUCAAAAAAA